AAAUACAAGAUAAGAUUUUUAUUUUUAGUUACGUAUGCAGAAAGAACGGUUUGUGUUGAAACUUUUUGCAGCAUCUUCAUCAUUUACUUUGAUGAUCCAAUAAAAUUAUUUACAAAUUCAGCUAAAUUUUAUAGCCACUCGGAAAAUAUAUAAACCAUAUAAAUUCAUCCUUAAUUCUUUGAACUUUUCAUAUUUCCCGCUAUAAAAGUUGAUUAUUAUUCUGAUCAAUUCUAAUUUCUGUUUCGAAUCACAACUUCAAAAGCCUGAAAUGACAUCUUCCGUAAUAUUUGCAUAGGCGAGGGCUUUUCUACGAUGAUACAAUAGGACGCGUCAGGCCGGGCUUCACAACUCGUUUUUUUCCGACAUUCCAUCGCACGGACGAACCGGAUUUAAAAGGACGCUUUUGAAAUUUUACCUGAGUCUUUCGUUCGCUCCAGACGUCCGACGCGAAGAAAAAUACAGGUGCACUCGAUGUAUACAUACACAUAUAUAUGUCGGAGCACAGGAAUAUUUUCCAAGAUUAUCUCUUUUGUCGGUGAACGAGUGUGAAGAAGUAACACCUGCCGCGUGGCAUACAAUCCGCGAGAUCGACAUUGAUGAUUUAUAAGGAAGAAAAAAACCAGUAUUUUUAAGCUCGAUCGAGUAUUUUUAAGCCCCUGUGAUUUUUCUCUCAAGAGAUAGUCGAGAAAGCUUUUUCAACUUUACAUUGCUAAAUUAUUAAUUUCUCAAUACAUAAUCGGAGAAAGAAAGAAACGUCUUCCUCGUCAUUGACACGCACGCAUAAUUAUAUCUUUCGACUUGCUGAUAUAAGAUACGAUCGUUCCCUCAUUGAAGUUAAUCAGUGAUUUCCGCUAAAGUUAAACGACCGGAAAGUCUCACGGGAAACUUCGCGAAAGGCCGGGAAUUUCUUUGGGAGUGUCGAGAUCAUGCGUUGAAAAAGCAUCUAGGUUUUCAUCUGUCGACGACCCUGCAGAGAAAGAGCGACAACAGCAUUUUCAUCAAGCUCCCUGAAUUCCUUCGUUAUCAACAGCUUUUUGCAAGAUAUUUUUAUAUUUGUCAUCCAUCAUUUUCUCGAUUCCGCUGUCAGGCUCCAGUGAACCCGUGGCUCUAUGGGCUACGCUCGGAUUCUCCCACGACUUCGCAGUUCGCGCUUCGCGAGCCAAUCGCGAGAUUGCGGCGUGAUUCGAGUCGGCUUCAAGUCCCGCGAGCGGCCGCCAUGAUGUUAGUACGUGAUUCCGAACGUGGCUUGUGCGGAUCGAGAUCGGGGCCCGCGUGUGCUUUGACGAGGCUCGAUCGUCGGGCCGACGACGCGAAUUCGUGCACCGACACGUGCUUAGACUCGUGACGAGUGAGAUUUAACGAGCUCCAAAUCGCGAUCGACAUCCGAGAGGAAAAUCACUGUAUGUGUCGACCGACGCCUUGGUAGAGGGGACCGAAUUUAAAAAUCGACUGUUACGGAAGGAUUGAUCAAGAGUAAUUGGAAACGAAGAAAAUAGAAGAGAAAGAGGACCCUUUUGCAAUUCGGAGCCGAGCCUCGAACGUAGAUAUUCCGUGCAUUCAAAAUACAAAAGGAAUUCUAAUAGAAACGACGGCUGCACGCGAAGAAGCGCAGGAAGCCAAAGCGGACGAAUUGUCAGGGACGCAAAGAGCGUGCCCGCCGAGACGGGCCCGACCGGCGAUCGGGCACGGCACUGGGCAUCCCGUGAAAUGCGGCCCGUCGUCGGCGGCAGCGGCGGCGGCGGCGAGAAGAACGGGGGCCCGGCGCGCGGCAGCAGCAGCGGGCAUUGCCAGCGCGGAUUGCAGCCACGGCGGUUGUCGUCGUAACGCGGCAGCGGCGACGACACCCGCGCGGUAAGUCGCUCGCUCUCUCGCGAGGUACGUGAGCCCUCUCCGGACGUGUGCUUCGGUGCCGCAACGCGGAAUGCGCGUCUCCCGCGAGGUCUGGAUGUGCGGGUGGACAAAGGGGCGGAAACUCAUCAGAGGGCGAGAGCCAGGUGGCUGGACGUCGACGACAGCGACGACGACGACCCUACGUCUUCCGCGUCGUCUGACGGGACGGUGACAACCGAGCACGCUGGUCUGAAUCUCCGAUCCGGAGCGGCGAACCACGAUCCGCGUCUCUGACGGCGGGAGACGGUGUGUUUGCUCUCUAGCUCUCUUUCUGCGAAGCAAGAGGCGAGGCACGAGCACGUGAAGGUAUGACGCAUGAAUGCUGAUUAAAAAAAAAAAAAGGGAAGAAACACCUGCAUUCCAUCGGCGAACGCGCCGCUAAUAACGCGCGAGAUCGGUCAUGAUUCUCUCUCUUUCUUUCACCUCUUGUGAUAAUUGUGAUGCACCGACGAGACCGAGGGAGAGAUAGAGAGAGGGGACACGUGUGUGAACGCGCCGCGAGAGCGGAGAAUUGACACGACAUCCCACGGCACGUUCGUGGCGAAGGGCACCCAAGCCACGGAGAGAAAGAAAGAGAGAGAACGGGGAACGCGCGAUAGAGGGGAAUCGUGUUACAUCGCGGGGAUUAGUGGUACGAGGGGGACCACGACUGGUAUGUCGAUUGUGAGCAGCGGCAACUUGCUCAAGUUGAACGCGAAGGCCACGACUGUACGACUGUUACGUCGCAGUACCACGGUGAUUGUCGUCGUCGUCGUCGCGAAAGUGAACUUGCGGAGGAAAACUACUCACUGAAUGUAUCCGAACACGUUCGACCAGCGGCGAGUAUCCCGAAGACAACGGUGCGUGGUGAGUGGUGAAAGAUUCGUCGCAGAUGCCGAUCCCUUAAAAACGGAUGUGGCCUAAACGUCGUGGCGGCAAAAGCUAGGCUCUGGUUUCUUCAUCUCCAGUUGAUCACGUUGGAUAUAUAAAGUUACCUGGAACUUGAUCGUCACACGAGACUAGCUGAGCGACGCUAACGAAGAACCCCGCGGUCCGUCGUGAAUCAAAACAAGCGCCGUGACUCUCUCCUCCAAGCGGACGAGAUUCUUUCCCGUGCCGCUGGCAGGUGCACUCGGGACGAGAAGCGCGCGAAGACGAAGCGAAGAGGAGGUGAAAGAAAAAAAAAGGACCGAGAAAGAGAGGAAGAAGUAGGAGAAAGAACACAGAAAUCGGUCGACGAGAGAGGAGUAGCGUGCUCGCGCGAGGCCCCCUACGGCGAUAAGGCGAGGCCCGGGUGUCGGUGGAGGGAACGACGCGUAUGUAUCGCGCGGGGCCGGUCGCGCGGACCGGGCCCGCCGCCGCCGCCGCCGUCACUACUACUCGUGAGAGAUCGCGCGCUGACCCAGAUUUCGGCGGGUCAAACCGGCGCGAGGAGGCCGCGGCGGACUUUCUGAAAUGGGACACGGCGCAGCCUGGAGCUAAAUUAGCCGCGAUGUCCAAUAAGAGUAAGUCCCAGCCGCAGCAGCAGCCGCAGCCGCAGCAUUAUCAGCAACAACAGCAGCAGCAGCAGCAGCAUCAUCCGUCGCACGUGAUCAAAUCAGUGGACCAGCUGCCACCACGCUAUCAGCCCCCACCGCAGCCUACCAGCGGCAUCCUGAAGAAUCAUCUUCACUACGCCAACGGAGCUGCUACGUCGGCGCCGAGUUCGGCUCAGGCCGGCAACAAUCAAGGCCCGGGCGCGGCCUUGAGCCAUCAUCAGGGCACGCAGCCGCGCACGUUGCCGCCGCCCCCGCCCCCAGCUUCACAGCACCAUCAUCAUCAACAGCAGCAACAGCAAUCGCAGCAAUCAACCCAAUCGCAGCAGCAACCGCCGCCGCCGCCACCGCAGCAGUCACCUUCCGCGAAGGAUGCGCAGGGCAAGUACUCGCCGAGGAUAGAGCAUCGUUAUCAUCUCCAGGGAACCAACCCGCUGAUCGCUGCCGCGUCCACGGCAGCGGUGUCCAAGAGCCAGCAGCAGCUGCCGCAGCCAUCAACCUACCUCCAGCAGCCCAAGCUCGGCCAGGGCCCAUACUUGCCGCCCAGCAGUCAGUACCCGACGGUAAACAACGGCCAGAACGUCCCGGUCAGGCAGAGGAUCAGCGACGACGAAUUCCUGCGACUCGGCCCCGUAGAGAUGCUCAAGUUUGUGCGAAAGACCGAGAGUGACAUCGCUAGGCUCGCCGCCGAGCAGAAUCGUCAAAUACAGAACUUGCUGAAUGAGCUGCGGUUGCUGAAGGAGGCGAACCAAAGACUGAACGACGAUAACCAGGAAUUGCGCGAUCUCUGCUGCUUUUUGGAUGACGAUCGACAAAAGGGUCGCAAGCUGGCGAGAGAGUGGCAGAGGUUCGGCCGAUACACAGUGAGCGUUAUGCGACAGGAGGUCUCGGCCUACCAAAAUAAGUUACGUCAAUUGGAUAAUAAGCAGCAGGAGUUGAUUAAAGACAAUCUGGAGCUCAAGGAGCUGUGCCUGUAUCUCGAUGAGGAACGUGGCGGUGGUCAAAGGGAUGAUGGCGACGGAUCGAGUUCAAGUACAAACGCCGAAGAGACCGCGCCGCCGAGGCCAAGACACACUUCCACAUUUAAUGACCAAACGAUGCAGUACGUGAGAAGCUUGGAGCAACGGGUGAAGCAGUUGGAGGAAGACAAGAGCGUUCUUCAGGCCCGUGCGCAAGGUUGGGAGGUAUUACCAUCGGGUGAAGUUUGGGACAGUCCCGCGAGUCCAAAUGACAAUACUCACUUGGGAAGCCGACCAGAGGCUGUGGUACGCGCUCUUCAGGUUCUUGAAGUCAGAGAACAACUGGAAAGAGAAGAAGGUCACGACGGCGAGAAGGCGUUAGUUCGAGAAAUGUGCAAUGUCGUUUGGCGGAAAUUGGAAGAAGGUCCACAAGCGAGGCAUUAACGAUCGCGACGAGAAAACGACUGUUAAUUUUUUUAGUAUUAAUCUAAAAUAAUAAGCUCUAACAUUACGUUCGUGACGUAAAGAUAGUAUUAUAGCGGAUAAUGUAACAUUAUUUUAUGUAGAUUUUUAUACAAUUGUACAAUAAUCUCGAUGAGAAAUAUAUACCGAUAGUAUAUAUUUAUGUAAAUGUAAUUUUCACAAAUUGUCUAUUAACAAAGUAUUUUUACUAUAUAA